GUGGGUAUGUACAAAUACAAUCAAACGCAGCCAAAGCUGUAAACGAAGUAGCAUGGGACGAAAUUAAAAAAGCUGGAGAAGAAGAACGCAAACUUGCCAUACAAUAUGGAGAUAUUGAUAUUGACGGUGUACCGAUGAUUACAGUGGUAGCUGAUGGACAAUGGUCGAAACGCAGCUAUAAAACCAAAUAUGACGCGUUAUCUGGAGUAGCUACAAUAAUUGGAUAUAGGACGAAAAAAGUAAUGUUCAUUGGGAUUCGCAAUAAGUAUUGUGUGAUAUGUCAGAGAUCUGAGUCAAAAAACGAAAACAGUAUAAAUCAACAUGAAUGUUUUUUAAAUUGGACCAAAGCAUCUACUAGUAUGAAGGCUGAUGGUAUAGUAGAAGGUUUUUUGAAAAGUGUGGAAAUGCAUGGACUAAAAUAUAAUCGGCUUAUUG